GUGGCAGCGGCGGGUCCCGCCGGCGGGCGCUGAGGGGAGCGCGCGGCGCCGCCACCCCGGCCCGCGCCGGCCCGGGCCCCGGCCCCGCCAUGACCGACUUCAAGCUGGGCAUCGUGCGGCUCGGCCGGGUGGCCGGCAAGACCAAGUACACGCUGAUCGACGAGCAGGACAUCCCGCUGGUGGAGAGCUACUCCUUCGAGGCUCGGAUGGAGGUCGAUGCCGACGGCAAUGGUGCUAAGAUAUUCGCGUACGCCUUCGACAAGAACCGCGGACGGGGCUCCGGCCGGCUGCUGCACGAGCUGCUCUGGGAGAGGCACCGGGGAGGCAUCGCCCCUGGCUUCCAGGUGGUGCAUCUGAACUCGGUGACCGUGGACAACCGCCUGGACAAUCUGCGCCUGGUUCCUUGGGGGUGGAAGCCCAAAGCUGAAGAAAUCUCCAGCAAGCAAAGGGAACAGAGCCUGUACUGGCUGGCAAUCCAGCAGCUCCCCACAGACCCCAUCGAGGAGCAGUUCCCCGUGCUGAAUGUGACGCGCUACUACAACGCCAACGGGGACGUGGUGGAGGAGGAGGAGAACUCCUGCACUUACUAUGAAUGUCACUACCCCCCCUGCACAAUGAUUGAAAAGCAGCUGCGCGAGUUCAACAUCUGCGGGCGCUGCCAGGUGGCCAGGUACUGCGGCUCGCAGUGCCAGCAGAAGGAUUGGCCUGCCCACAAGAAGCACUGCCGGGAGAAGAAGCGCAGCUGCCAGCAGGAGCUGGGCCCCGAGCGGUGACCGGG